AUGAAUAAUGAAAAGUGCCGCCUUCUAAUCCAGCUACACGGUGCUAAAGAUUUGCUGUGGAAUAGCAAAUCUCCACAUUACCACAACAAAUCGCUGAGGCAAGAUGUGUGGAAUGAAAUAAGUGCAAUAUUAGAGUUACCAACUCCCGAUCUGAGAAGAAAAUGGUUACGUUUCAGGCGUCCUAUAGAAGAGAGAAAUCUUGGAUGGCUAAAAGUCUUAUUACUGGUUCUGACAUCAACAACUCAAAACGUGACACCAUAUGCAAAUUAUGAUACAGAACCAAUCACACCGUCGGCAGAAAACAGUGCGGGAAAACAAGUAGAAAUAGCCAAAGAUAUCUACAACAUUCCGAAUAUUCCUUCAAUCAGAAAAAUUAAAAAAAAAAACAACAAAUACUGA